CGGACGGGGACCGGAAGUGCGGGCUCGAGGGGGGCGGGCAGAGGGCUGAGGGCCCGGCCCAAGCUAGGUCCGGGUGGUGGUUGGGGCUAGUGUGUGGCUCCAGGUGGCAACCAUGAGGCGGGACGUGCGCAUCCUGCUGCUGGGCGAGGGUGGGGAAGACGUCGCUGAUUCUGUCCCUGGUGAGCGAGGAGUUCCCCGAGGAGGUACCUCCCCGAGCAGAAGAGAUCACGAUCCCCGCAGACGUCACCCCAGAGAAGGUGCCCACCCACAUCGUGGACUAUUCAGACCCUAGUGGCAGAGAUGGGGUGGCCAAGGUGGACCCAAACCUGUGAACAGGCCCAUCCGUAACGAACAUCUUGGGGACCUUCACCUGGAGCUGCUGGCUGCUCCGCCAGUGAACCUGAGUCCCUCCCCACAGAAAGCGCCUGGUGUGGCUGCCCGUCUGAACUGUGUAGCAGCCCCUCUUCCCUCCCUAGUCUCAGAACUCCCAAAUCCGAACCAAGUGGAUCCCGCUGGUGAAUGGGAGGACUGAGAAAGGGCCCAGGGUGCCCAUCAUCCUGGUGGGCAACAAGUCAGACCUGAGGUCAGGGAGCUCUGUGGAAGCUGUGCUUCCCAUCAUGAACCAGUUCCCUGAGAUUGAGACCUGCGUGGAGUGUUCAGCCAAGAACCUGAGGAACAUCUCAGAACUGUUCUACUACGCUCAGAAGGCCGUCCUGCACCCCACAGCACCCCUCUAUGACCCAGAAGCCAAGCAGUUGAAGCCAGCGUGCGCCCAGGCCCUCAGGCGCAUAUUCAGGCUCUCAGAUCAGGACCUGGACCAGACACUCAGUGACGAGGAGCUUAACGCCUUCCAGCAGAAAGCCUGUUUUGGGCACCCGUUGGCGCCACAGGCACUGGAGGAUGUGAAGAUGGUGGUGCGCAAGAAUGUGGUGGGUGGUGUGCAAGAUGACCGGCUGACCCUGGAUGGCUUCCUCUUCCUGAAUACCCUCUUCAUCCAGCGGGGCCGGCAUGAGACCACAUGGACCAUCCUACGGCGUUUCGGCUAUAGCGAUACACUUGAGCUGACAAACGACUACCUUUUCCCACCGCUCCAUGUGCCCCCUGGCUGUAGCACAGAGCUCAACCAUCUGGGCUACCAGUUUGUGCAGAGAGUGUUUGAGAAGCAUGACCAGGUAAGAGCACUGUGGUCCCCUGUCCUUCACCAUGCCUGGCAUAUAUCCCAUGACCUUUCCCUGCAGGACCGUGAUGGUGCCCUCUCACCCACGGAGUUGCAGAGCCUCUUCAGUGUAUUCCCUGUGGCCCCCUGGGGCCCUGAGCUCCUGCGCACGGUGUGCACCGAGGCUGGCUGGCUGCCCCUACAUGGGUACCUUUGCCAGUGGACGCUGGUGACCUACCUGGAUGUCCAGCGCUGCCUGGGGCACCUUGGCUAUCUGGGCUACCCCACCCUCUGUGAGGAGGACUCUCAGGCCCGGGCCAUCACAGUCACCCGUGAGAAAAGGCUGGACCAGGAGAAGGGGCAAACACAGCGGAGUGUCCUCAUGUGCAAGGUGGUAGGGGCCCCAGGAGUGGGCAAGUCUGCCUUCCUGCAGGCCUUCCUUGGCCACAGCCUGGGGCACCAGGAUGCCAGGGAGUCCCCUGAGGAGCCUUCCACCUAUGCCAUCAAUACUGUGCAGGUCAAUGGACAGGAGAAGUACCUGAUUCUAUGUGAGGUGGGCACAGACAGCCUACUGGCCACUUUGCCGGAUUCUGCCUGCGAUGUUGUCUGCUUAAUGUUUGAUGGCAGUGACCCAGAGUCCUUUUUGUACUGCGCUGAUAUCUACAAGGUGAGGCCUGGCCCCAAGUCUUGCCAGGGAAUACUGUGCCAUGGGGCAGGGCCUACCCGCCAGCCAUGCCUUGCACUCCUGGAACUAUUCCUCACAUGGCCUUCCCCAUGCAGCGCCAUUACAUGGAUGGGCAGACGCCCUGCCUCUUCCUCUGCUCCAAAGCCGAUCUGCCCGAAGGUGUUGCGCUGUACGGCCCUUCACCAGCUGAGUUCUGCCGUAGGCACCGUCUGCCCACCCCCAUCCCAUUCUCCUGCGCCGGCCCAGAGGAGCCCAGCACUGCCAUCUUCACCCAGCUCGCCACCAUGGCUACCUUCCCACACUUGGCCCAAGCAGAGAUGUGUCCCACGUCCUUCUGGCUCCGGGGGAUUCUGGGGCUCGUUGGGGCCGCCAUGGCUGCAGUGCUCAGCUUCUCCCUCUAUAGGGUCCUGGUGAAGAGCCGAUGAAAUUCCUGGGACCCUGAGCCCCUCCCUUGACAUGGGCAGGGUUCCCUUCAAGACAGUGCAGAUGUGAAAUGCAAGCUCCUAGCUCAGCAGUCUGACCACAGGGCUCUCAAAGGGACUGUCUUCUUUCCAAAUUUUAAUUUCUGAAGAUAGUCACCUGCCCAUGGGCAGGGCCCUCCAUCCUCCCGUAAAGUGUCCUGGCUCCUACCCAAGCCCUAGGUGUGCCAUAUGCCACCACAGCUACAGGCACUGCCCUCCUUUGUGGGUUUCAUGUGUGUUGGGCUGGGGACCACGGGUGACUCCAGACUCAGAAUUCUCAGGGCUCCGCCUCUUUGCUGGUCCUGGAUAGCCAGUGGGUGUGAGAGGCUGGAAGGCAGAAUUUGGGGCCAAAGGUGGGGGUGGGCACCCCCAGCUGGGAGCUGGGAGCCAGCUGGGAGCCUUUCCACAGUGGUGCCCACAGUGGCAAACGCGAAAU